CAUAUUUGACGAUUGUUUUUUAAAUAAAGAAAAACCGUAAUAGUAUUAUUUUAGAAAACACUUGUAUUUUGCGUUACAUUGUUUUUCUUUAUGUAAAGUUUGUCACAGAGCAAGAGAUUCGCCAAAAAUGACAACAGCCGCAAGACCGACAUUUGAGCCGGCGAGAGGAGGGAGGGGGAAGGGAGAGGGGGAUCUUAGUGCGUUGUCCAAACAGUACUCCAGCCGAGACCUGCCCGGUCACACCAAGAUCAAAUACAGACAGCCCACCCAGGAUGCCCCAGAGGAGGUGCGUGCCCGGGACUUCCGCAGGGAGCUGGAGGAGAGGGAGCGUGUUGCUGUCCGGGAGAAGAACAGAGAGAGGGGACCUAGAGAACACACUACAUCCUCCUCCUCAUCGUCGUCCUCAAAGAGGCCCAGACUAGACCAGAUUCCUGCUGCCAACCUGGACGCAGACGACCCUCUCACAGACGAUGAUGAUGAGGAGGACGACGACUCCGAGGACACUGAUGAUGAUGACACUGCGGCUCUGCUGGCUGAAUUGGAGAAAAUAAAAAAGGAGCGGGCCGAAGAGCAGGAACGCAAGGAGCGGGAGCAGAAAGCAGAGGAGGAGAGGAUUCGCAUGGAGAACAUCCUGAGUGGGAAUCCUCUGCUCAACCUGGCUGGGCAGCAGCAGCAGCAGCCCCAACAGAUCGUCCCCACCCCGACCGCCUUCAGUGUCAAGCGGAGGUGGGACGAUGAUGUGGUGUUUAAGAACUGUGCCAAGGGAGUGGAUGAGGCGCGGAAAGAGAAACGAUUUGUCAACGACACUCUGCGCUCCGAGUUCCACAAGAAAUUCAUGGAGAAAUAUGUGAAGUAGAAGUUGAAGCUCUGCUGUAAAUGUUUCAUUUUUCUCUGCUGUUUCCAGUUAAAAGGUAGAAGACAUUUCAUUCGUAACCAAGUGAUAGUGGUUGGUCUGGCAACAUUGAAUGACCCUGAAAAAGGGAGUGCUAUCCUCUGACUUUAUUACCCCCUUGGACAGGAUCCUUUGUAUAUAAAUGAAUCCAAUGCCCGACCUGAACUGGUUUUAAAUUGUUCUGUGUAAAGCAUUUUCCUCCUAUAAACGGAUUGGUUACAACGGCAACAUCUUUCUUUGUUUGUUUUUACUUUUACAUUUUUUUUAGUGAUGUCCAAAUGUCUAAUUAAAUAAAAAUUGAGAAUUAAGUAUUUUUAA